GGGAGAGGGAGAGGAACAAGGGAGGCAGAGAGAGCUACUGAGAGAAAGAGAGAGAGAAAGAGAGGGAGCGAGAGACUGAGAGAGAGAGGAGAAUACACGGAGCACGCCACGGAACACUGCUUACUACUGCUGCUGGCUACGCGAGAAAUACUCACACACACACACACACACACACACACACACACAGAAAGAGACAUACACAUACCAACACACACACACACACACACACACACACACACACACACACACACACACACAAACACCCUGGGAAAACAAGGAGAGACCCUCUAUUCUGGAGUCUGCCAACGUGGACGUACAUGUGUGAAGGCUUUAAAUGAAUGAAUGAGAGAGAGUGUGUGUGAGAGUGAGUGUGUGUGAGAGUGUGUGUGUGUGAGAGGAACAGCCAGCUAAGGAUGCACUGAUGAGAAAGCGCGCCUGGGUCUUGAGGGAGAUCCCGCGUGUGUGUGUUCCGUCGCCAGACCGCCUCUGGGAGGAUUCGCCGUGUGUGUGUGUGCGCGUGUGGACUGUCUCUGUGACGACAAGGAUGGGCUGCAAUCUGUGCACUUUACAGAAGCGCGAGGAACACUACAAACUCCUCUACGAGCUCGCUCAGGUGAAUGGACAUGACUUCUCCCGCAGGGGUCAUGAAGGUGCCGUGGAGGCACUACGGAAGGAGCCCAUCGUGGUGCAGGUGCUGCGUCGUAACCCUGGCAACGGCUGCAGCCAUGGCAACAUGCAGGAAGUGUGCAUGGUGGACGUGUGCACGCAGACGGACAUCACCUUCGAGCACAUCAUGGCACUCGCCAAGCUGCGGCCUGCUACGCCACCCGUGCCCGAUAUAUGCCCCUUCCUGCUCUCGGACAGUUGUCACUCGAUCCACACCAUGGAGCAGGAAUAUUUUGAGUGUCCAGAGUACCUGUCCAAUGAGCAAGCGGAGGUGGAGAGGACAGAGGAAUUUGAGUAUGAGGAGGUGGAGCUGUGUCGACACAACAGCCAGGAGAAACUGGGUCUGACUUUGUGCUACAGAACAGAUGAUGAGGAAGACACUGCAAUCUACGUCAGUCAGGUGGGCCCCAACAGUAUUGCAGCCAGAGAUGGACGUAUCAGAGAGGGAGACAGAAUACUACAGGUGACUGGCCAUGAUGUGCAGGACAAAGAGGAGGCGGUGGCUCUUCUGUCCAGUGAGGAGUGUAAAAGCAUCGUGCUUCUGGUGACCCGACCAGAGAUGCAGGACCAGGAGGGCGUCGCCAGCGGCUCCCCGUCCAAACACAGAGACCAGGAGAACCACAACCAGCAGUCCGAGGCCACCGAGACCUCCACCGGGCCUCGCGACACGCCACUCGGCCACAGCUGCCACCCCGCCCCGCCCCGAGCCUCGCCCGGGAGCACCAGCCUUCCCCGGUCCGGCUUGAGCCGGGAUAAUAGUGAGUCCGCCCCGCCGCGGCCUGGCGCUUGGCGCAGCCCCCUCGAGCGCAGCCAAGGCCCAGCGUGGGUGGAGCGGGACCUCUUCCAGCAGCACCUGCUGGAGCUGAAGUGCCAGAUCCGCAGAAUCGGGCGAGUGCGCGGCUUCUACUCACGCCUCGAGCAGCAGCACCAUCGAGAGCUCCGCAGCAUCGAGCUGGAGUGCCAGAGCAUCAUGCAGGCGCACCAGCUGCGCAAGACGACCCAGAGCGAGUCCCUGGACUACACCCACGGGCACGCUACGUCGCCGACGUCCGGCAACGUCCAGCGGGCGGCCAAGGGGGGAAGAGGGCAGCAGCAGCAGGGUCGCGGGGGGAGGCUGGCGGACAUCCACGAGUACCCGGAGCGGUGGGGCGGCGACAAGCAGCGGGACAACAACAAGGACAGUUCGAGCGCGUACAACACGGCCGAGAGCGCGCGGUCCACUCCGCUGGGCAUCGUGGAGCGGUCGCGGUCGCCGGAAUCCUCGCUGCAGCAGCGCCACGUUAACCUGACCAACCUCAAGAACUUGCACGGGAGCGUGCACAGCUCCCCGGCACACACACACACACUCACACACACCAGUAGCCCGCAGCACCAGCACCAGCGCCGCUCUCACACACUACCCACCCCCUCAAGUCAGUCGGCACGGACAAACCAGACCCCCUCUACCCCAGGUAGCCCCAACCGGACCCUCCCUGCCCCCACCACGGCCACCACUAACUCCUCCAGCUUGGACCAGAGCCCCAGCAACCCCUCCGAGUCCGACCCGGCACUCCCAGCGGACGACGAGAGGGUUGACCGCAAGAGAAGCCACCACCAGCGUCGGCAGCCGGCAUGGCACGCCGUCCCUUACGCCGGCAUGCCCAACGCCGCGACCGCACGCAACUACCAGAGCUACGUCCAGCUUCUGCAGCAACACUCGUCCUCCUCGCUGGAGUUCUCCCAGAGCCAGCUGAGUCUCCUCAGCCUCCGCCCCGGCAGGCCCGGCGAGCCGCGGCUCGAGUGGAAGGUCAAGGUCCGUCCGUCCGCUGACGGGCACGCCACGUGGCUCGGGCGGCCCAGCACGCUGACCGCAUCCUGCGGAGCGCAGGCUAUGCGAUCCGCAGGAGCCGGGAGGCCGGGCGGGAUGACCACGGACGCAUUCCACGCUGCCAGCGAAGCUAAGAUGGGCCGCUACUGGAGCAAGGAGGAGCGCAAGCAGCAGCUGGCCCGCGCGCGUGAGCAGCGACGCCGGAGGGAGUUCAUGCAGCGCAGCCGGCUGGAGUGCCUCAAGGAGACCACAGGGGGCGCUGGCGGGGCCGGAGGAGGAGGAGGAGGAGGAGGAGGAGGAGGUGGGGGGUCUGCUGCCGCUGAGGCCCGGAAGGAGGUCAACAUCCUGGAGCUGAGUCAGAGGAAGAUGAUGAAGAAGCGGAACAAGAAGAUCCUGGACAACUGGAUGACCAUCCAGGAGCUGAUGACGCACGGGGCGCGUGUGCCCGAGGGCACCAAAGUCCACAAUGCCUUUCUGUCUGUCACCACCGUGUAACACACACACACGCACACACACACACACACACACACAUGCACACCCACCCACACACACACGCAUGCACGCACACACACACACACACAGACACACGCACACACAUACACCCAUAAACAUCUCUAAUGAACAUCUUACAUUUACAUGCAUGCACUCACAAAUGCACAAAUACAUGAACUCAUACACUGACACACAAACACAUAUCACAAACAACAUCCACAUAUCCCCUUGAUAUGAAAUACAUGAUCCUGUAUCAACUCAUAUUUAUUGAGUUCAUACUUUAUACAGUUGACAGGAUCUGAACAUUAUGAAGUACAUUAUCUUGUAUCAACAGUCGACAGGAUCAUCGACAGGACAGGACAAGCAUCGCUCUUCUUGCGGUACGACACCAACUUGCCUCGUUGAAUGUGGCAGUUUUGUUUUUCAUAUGAGGAACACAGAGAGAGAGAGAGAGAGAGAAAGAGAUAUUUUUCAUGCUUUCAUGCAACUAAAUAUCAUUUUGUACAAAGACACAAAAACAUUGCCCUUUUUUCAUCCAAGAAAACAAAUCACAACCUUGACAGACCAGACCAGAGGUGUUUUUGUACUGGGAGCAUUUUGAAUCUUUUUACCGUAGUGCAGUACCUCUUUGCUCUGAACCAUGUGUACAAGAAAAAGACAGUGACUGAAUGGAGGGGAUCUGAGACAGCAGUAUGUCUCUUCUUAGAAAACGGUCUCGUCCCCUUUCAUACAUGAUGUCUUUAUAAAUGUCAACUUCUCAUGGAAAUUUAAAUUGCAUACUUGAACCUUGACACCAGGAGUUGUAGACACAUUUAAUUCCUUAAAUGUAUAUGUUCAUUUCUGUAUGUGUUAACUUUUUCGUUUUCCGAUGGCACUGAAAAGUAGCAUUGAUCAAUUACUCAACAAGAAGGGAAUCAACACCAUACCUGAUGGAGACCACAUGUGUGUACGUCACAUGUUCCUAAGAUACUGCCCACUAAGAGAGUCCAUUCCAGUCUUAUGUAACAAUUUGUAGCUAUUGUAAAAGGAAUUAUUUGGAUAUUUAUUUGUUUGUUCAUUAUGAACAGAUGUUUUUUUUUCUCUCUCUGAUUAACUUUAUUUAUCAAAUGAUACUCCUCACAUGCACACUAGUGGAAGCUAGAUGCAAGGAACUUUAAGUAUAUGCAGUACAAAAUGUACAAAAAAGUUUAUUUAGUUUGUUU